AUGGACCUCACCGACAGUUCCUCGCCUCGAUCUAUGUCCACAUCCGCGCCAUAUUUCCUCCCGCCGCGCUCCCUAUCAUCCUCGCCGUCUCCCAGACCACGUCGCCGGGCAUCACAAGGCUCCGUCUCUACCCAACGGCUUCACUAUCCCUUGUCUCGCUUUCUGGCUUCAAAGGAGAAGGCCGCUCUACACAUUCCUUCCUUCGGUACGCCCCGAGCGUCUUCUUCUUUCGCCUCGUCAAAAUUUCCGAUGGCCGUUGACACUGCCAUUCCACGGGAAACUUUACAAACCGAACAUCCUCAUUCACUACCUUUGACCCCUCCCGCAGACGACGAGGACGAUGUGCACGUUCGUUGGGCCAUUGAUUCUGUGGAGCCGGCGAUAAAUACAGAGCCAAAACCCCAGGUGGCCAUGGAUGAGAAUCGAGAUCGACACAGCGCCUCGCCGGCACAACGACAAAGAGAUAGCAGAUCGUCAUUCGGUGCAGUACCGGGACGACGUUCUUCGAGCGAUGAUGAUGUGAACAUGUCAGACCAGGAUAUGCACGACCAACCGCCCCCAGAGAAUUGGCUUGACAACGGCAUCAAAACUGCCCUAUCGUCCGUUUUUGACUCGGAUAGAAGUCUCGAUGCAGUACGGCUCGUUUCCCAGACUCUGCCAUAUCCUCGAGCACCGGAGCAAAAUGUACGGCUACCGACGCAGAGCACCGUGUUCGGAGCAAUCAUCGAAAAUAUACAAGAUCGCGUCCGCCCUGAAAGACCGCCAUAUAUUCAUGUUGUUCAUGCGGUGCCGGAAGACUUCAGCCUAUCAAACCUGCCGACUUCGCCUCCAAGCACUCCAAGACAUCUGAUGCAGGUGGAUAACUAUUUCGAUGCAACUGUAUUUGCCAGUGCAAGCACAGCACCCGUGUAUCACGAUGUUCAUGGUGGUGUCCGCCCUCCACCAGUCAGCUGGCCACAUCCUAUUGUUCCACCUUAUAGUAUUCACAUGUCCGUUCUGGAGCGAUAUAUACCACCUUCGACGCGUCAAGAGUAUCGUGAUAUGUUCAGUCAUGGCCGUCCUUCUGUACUAACGGAUCGCCUCAUCGAGCUUUCACCAUCUGGUGGAUGUCUGUUGUUCAUAUAUCCCACCAGAGUGGGUGCCAACACUUUCAAGAGUCAAUACCUCGGUCCCAUUUUAGAUCCCCUGUUGCGGCAGUUGGUGGUCGUCAACGGUUUUUCUGCAGACGUGAGUCGUGAUCUGGGCCGGUUAGAAGCGGUCAACUACAUGGACGACUUCGACACGAUGAAGAUGAAUGUGGAAGCCUUGUGUCGGAAACUUAGCAAGGAAACGGCCAAAUUCACCGUAGUCGAAGCCGUGAAAGGUCGUGCUCCGCUCGACCGAAGCCUGUGGACGGAAUGGUAUAUCCAGCAGGAGCGUCCACGGAUGAAGUCGCUGUUGAGUCGAAGCUGGCAGACCACGGGAGGACGACAUACACCGACGGUGAACAGCCCCGAAACCAGUGGGGGGCAGCUCAGCUCAGCAAUGCUAUUGAGCGAAAUCAUCGAGGGGAUCAAAAGACGGCAAUACGAGACAUUUCCCAGGUCGGAUAUUGAGCUCGGAGUCUUUGUGAUUCGCCGAUCGCACUAA